UGACAAGUUACGUCUCUUGCGCGCGCACUCGAGCAGGUACCUAUGCGGCGUCAGUAUAGCUAUAUCUAGAGCGAGCCCUCGUGUGGAAGGGGAAGAACGAGAGGAGAAAGUAGAGGGGGGGAGACCAAGCAGAGAACGGAGUCGCGGAGCGCAGCACGGCAGAGCGAGGGAGACAGGAAGUGAGCGAGCCGCCGAGGCUUGUGUUAUACAUAUACGUUGUACAUAUAUUCGCGGCGCAGCUCGUAAAAGGCGUACAAAACCCGCUGUACUCUUCUCUCCGAUGUCGACGUAGCUCCUCCGCGAGGAAGACUGGCCGCUCUGGGGUGUAUUCUUCGAAGGAGACAAGACGACACAACGCGUGCUGUUUUAUAUCUAGUGCGCGUAAAGUAGCUGGAGAGCCGUGUCUCUCCUUUUGUGACCAUCAGGCGUUGUGUUUCAUGCUGGCCGAAGAAGCCGCAGCUGUAGCAGCGUAUUAUGAGGCCGAACGUCGAGCGCUAGGAAGAUGUUGGGGGACGAUCCGCCUUACCUGUCGGUGGGCACCGAGGUCAGUGCCAAAUAUAAGGGGGCUUUCUGCGAGGCCAAGAUCAGAAAGGUUGUGCGCAGCGUCAAGUGUAGAGUGACUUAUAAGCAGGGCUUGGGCACGGCCACUGUUACCGAUGACCAUAUCAAGGGAACGCUCAGAGUUGGUGCUUCUGUCGAGGCCAGACACAAUGAUAGAAAGGACUUUGUUGAGGCUACUAUUACUAAGAUACAAGACUGCAGUCAGUACACGGUUGUGUUUGAUGAUGGGGACAUUACUACGCUGAGGAGGACAGCUUUGUGUCUGAAAAGUGGUAGACAUUUUGCUGAGAGUGAAACUUUGGACCAGCUACCUUUGACGCAUCCGGAACACUUUGGCAAUCCUGUUAUUGGUGGGAGACGUGGCCGGAGAUCCAGACAAACUCAAGAUGACAGCAGUGAUGAUGAAGAUGAUGCACCCAGAGGUAGUAAUGACUCAGGCUCGGGUUCUGGAGGGAAAGAAGGCUCUGAAACAGAACCUGAAAUUGGAAGGGUUGUUUGUGUGGAACUUGGCGACAAAAAGAAGAAGGAUAAUUGGUUCCCUGGACUGGUUGUUGCCCCAACUGCACAAGACACUGUGAGAAUAAGGGUUCGCGAUGACUACCUUGUGAGGUCAUUCAAGGAUGCUAGAUAUUACACAGUACCCAAAAAAGAAGCUACGGAAUUUACCAAAGAACUGGUCAAUAAAGUGGAAAACAGCGCUUUAAAAGUAGCCGUGGAAAAAGCUUUACUAUUUUUAGAAAAGAAUGAGUUGCCCCCUCAUUGGGACAGGGAUUCAUUAUUUGGGAACUCUGUAUCAAGUGGGAAUAGUGAUUCAGACGGAGAACUUGACUCAGAUAGCUCUGAUGAUGAACCACGGGAAGAGAAAGACCACUUUGUGGCACAGCUGUAUAAAUUUAUGGAUGACCGAGGCACGCCUAUAAACAAUUGCCCGAUGAUCGGCAACGAGGACAUCGAUCUGUAUAGGUUGUUCCGCGCGGUAUACAAGCUCGGCGGCUAUAAUCGCGUCACUAACCAAAACCAAUGGAAGCUAAUAACUCGGCGGCUAAGCUUCUCUAUGCAAAAUAAUUCCUCGACGCACAACUUGGUCAAACAAGCAUACAAAAAAUUCUUGCAUUCCUUUGAAGACUUUUAUAGGAAAUUGGGCUGUACAAUGGUGAACCAUCCGAGGGGUAGUAUGCGAAAGCAACGUCCGGGACGUAGUUUGAUUCGGGAUAAAGAUAGAAAUACACCUGUACCAACGCAAGAUAAACAGCUGGUGAACAAGACGGAAAAGGAAGAGGAAGAGAAAGAGCAGAAAAAAAGUAGUAGUAUCGUGCCCGAAGAGGAAAUUAAAAAAGAGAAGCGUGAAAUCAAAAAAGAGCCUGUGGUAAAGGAAGAAGAAGUACCAACAGCUAAGGUUAAAAGGAAAGAAGAACCGGCAGCGGAGGAAAGCGCGAGCGGUCAAGAAAGUGAUAUCAACAUUGAAGGUGAAGAAGAGUCUUCCAGCAGUGAAAAGUCCCAGAAGUCGAGUACGUCAAGACUUACUCCGUCUUCUAAUGUCAGCAGUAAGUCCAAAGCCGCAGCAGCCACAAGUGCUGCGACUGCUACGACAGCUAAGAGCAAGGAAGAAGCAGUUAAGAAAAAAUCUGUGCCAGAGAAAAAGAAGCCAGAAACAAAGAAACAAGAAAAGAAAGAUGAGAAGACUAAGGAAGAAGACAGCACCAAGACAAGGUCGAAAUCUAAGGAAGAUGUGGCGAAGGGCAGUAAACCUAAUUCUUCCGAGACAAGAGAGACGAGAACACCUUCGCGAGAAUCGGAGAGAAAAGCCUUUAACAAGCAGAGGAGGAUGACCGACGAGGAACUGAAGAAACGAGGCAGGAAGAAGAAAGAAGUUGAGGGUGAAAAAAGCAAAGCUCCAGAUGACCGAUCAACAGUCGAGUACGCACCAAGCUACAAGGGACCUGUAGAAAUCGGUGACAGGCUAAAGGUUUACUACGGUCCAACCCACGAGUCCAAAGUCACUUACGAAGCUAAGGUUAUUGACAUGGAGAAGGAUGGCUCAGAAGCCGUGUAUUUAGUCCACUACACUGGCUGGAACACCAGAUACGAUGAAUGGAUCAAAUGCUCGAGAAUAGCGCAAAACUUUACGCAGGCUCAAGGUCGCGUUAAGCGAACUAAAACAACACCAAGACCACAAACACCGAGUGCGAAUUCAACGUUCAUGAACAAGUCUUCCAAAGGCGCAACAGCACCGAAUGCAGGGACCGGUGCCGCGUCGAGUGCUCAAAAUCGCCGACGAGCGCAAGGCGAUGCACCUGCGGGUAGCAGUUCCUCGGCAAACAAAGACUCACGCAAAGAAGAUCGCGAAGGCACACCAGCGACUCGCUCCACGACUCCCUCGCCCCUUACCUCGUGCAUUUCGCGGACUAAGAGCCCCGCGACAACGGCGAACAACAGAACGACCCGCAUGACGCGUAAUACAGACUUGACGUCAUUGGCUAGCGAACUCGGUAGACGUACCAGGAGAACGUCGGGUCAUACGGAUGCGAUGGCUGCCUGCGAAGAAUCGGAGAGCGAGGAGUCAGAUUCUAUGGAGUCGGAAACUAGUGCCGAGCCUGAAACGGUACAGCAAAGAUUACGAGUUAAGGCCGCAUUACAGGAAAGAGGGACAAGUCGUAGAGAGGCCAGGCGAAGAGCUGAAAGCCGCAUGAAGAUCGAUGAGACCAGUGACGCCGAAGCGGAGAAGGACGUGGAGGAACCGAGACGAGGCAGAAGGCUUAGAAAAACCAUUGGCAAGUUGCAGGAGGUCAAAUCAGAGCCCGAAUCGGAUGAAGAGCAGCCUAAAGGCAGGGACUUUGAUCUAAAUCAAAUCAGGUCGGAGCUCAAGGGUUUCGAUAAAGCAGUGAAACUUGAGAUGACAAGUGUUGAGCCAGAUCAAGAAGAGGAAGCGGAGGAGCAGGCGUCAAGCCCCGUGAAGCAGGAAAAAAUGGAAACCGAAAGUCUUGCCGAUAAAAAGGUAACUCCGGAACCUGACAAGAAGCGCGAAACACCCAAAGUUGAACCACAGAACGUCAUACCAAUUAAAAGGGAACCAAUUAAGGUUGAAGCCAAUCAGUCAGAGAGUACCGAAGACAUUUAUGAAUUUAAGGAACCUGAACCGUUUGAAUUCGAAGUGCGUAAUAAAAGAGAUUCGGGCGGCAGCACUGGUAGUAACACGGACAAGGACAAAGAGAAGGAAAAAGAGAAGGACAAUAAGGACAAGCCAAAAAAGCGCCCAUUCGAGGAAGACAAAAGUCCCAAAAAGCGCCAGAAGGUAUUUGGAGGGAUAGCAUCUGCAGCGAGUACACCACCAUCUGCUGCCAAGGUCGAACAGAAAUCCGAGACCAAUCCACCGGAUCAGCAAAGUACAGAUCCCAAGAAGAAGGCGAGGAAAAUAUUUAAAAAGAACGAAGAAUCUGAAGAAGCUGAUGCAGAGGGAGAUGAUGGCAACGUGAGUACUACAAGAGAUUUGUCCAAGUUACUACCUGCAAAUUACAGUGGAGUAAUGGUGUUUAAACGUAAAGAAUCGACACCGACUGCAACGCGUAGCAACGAUGAAUCUGCUGCGGCUACAGUACCCCUCGAAAAUUCCACCGAUAGUCCGAAAAAGAGGCAACCUAAAACGUUUGGCAGUCCCGCCGCCAAAAGCAACGACACGAAGACUGAGAAUUGUGGUACACAAGAGAUCGGCGACAGCAAGAAGAAGGUACGUAAAAUAUUCAGCAAGCAAGCGGACGAAAACGACGAUGUCGACGAAACCGCUCCAGCUAAAGAGCUCGCCAAAUCCUUACCGAAUGUAGAUGAAAACAAGAAGGCUGUGGAUGAAGAUGUAUCGAAAAAUCCAAAGAAAAGACUCAAGACUGUCGGGGGUGUUGGGGGAACUCGAAGCGGUGUGAUCAACGACAAUGACGUACCGGCCACGACUAGUACAACAAACCACGCUGUUAAAUAUUUCUCGCAUUAUGCUGGACCCAAGACGAAAGCUGCUGCGAUUGCCAGCGAAAACGAUAGCGCACAAGAUCGCUCGACUGCUACUUCGAAAUCUGAUAUGCAAGCCCGCAACGAACCACCUAAAUCGAUAUCGGUUAAUACGAGCCACGAUAAAGAUGACACGAAAUCCAAGACGGCCGAGUUGACACCAUCGACUACAAGUUCUGUUGAUAAUAAACAACCAUCGACGAGUGGUGACAAGAAACGAGUCCCGGAUUCCGCUAUACCUGUCAAGACUGAGCCCAAGGAACAGCUGAAAACUUUAGACUUCACUCCAAUUGUUCCACACACGCUACCCGUACCCGCGCCUAUUAGCGCCCGGUUACCGGCUACCGCCAGCAUCGAAGAAAAACUCUCGGCUGCGGCAGUUUUCCGCAGUAAACUUAAGGAUGCCAAGAAGGACGACGACUCGGAUAGCACGACUAGAAAAACUUUGAAAGAUGUGACUACUAAGAAGGCCGAGACGCUGUCUGCCAAAAAGGCCAAAGAGAAGGAGGAGAGUAAAAUUAAGCACGAGCCCGAGAAGAAGAAACAGCAGAUAAUAGAACCGCCUAUUCCGAAGAAGGAUCCCCUGCAGGAAAUCGAGAUUCGCAAAGAUCCACUUCUUGAAGUAGUAAAGAAAAAGGAGGACGAAGUUCUGAAGCUCAACAAAAAAGAAUCGGAGACAAAAACUCCGGUACCCAUGCCAAACACGACCGUCACCAAGACCUAUGGAAGCCAGAGAAAGGAUACGACGACGAAAGUCGAAGAGACCUGGAAGAAGAGUGCUGCGGCACUCGCGGCUUCAACAACGGCGAGUAACUCUAGUGAAAAUGCGUCGAGUGAUUUGCCAAACAACGACCCUGUCGUAAAGGAUUAUAUCAUUUUGCGCAAAGAGACAAUAGUGAGCAAAAUCAAAUCGAGCAUUGAUCGAGACUCGGUAGACUCGACCGACAGUAGCGAUAGCGAGAGGCGGCUCACCAUCAUCGAUAGUGAGGACUUGCCCGAAGACAAGUGCAAUGAUUCCAGCUCCGACGUCAAGAGCAAAACUACACCCAUUGCUGUGGCCACUAACCAGUUUAAUACCAUAACGCAGCAGCAACGAGCGAGUCCUGUAAUCCCUUCUCAUAUUGAAGUACAUCAUCAGCAGCAGCAGAUUAGGAGUGUAGGAGGAACUCCAAAUGCUGCUAUGAUUAUUGAGAAAAGUACCAAAAUGGAGGAGGAUGGGGAAAAUUUGAACUCGCUGCUGUGCGAAGAAGAGAUACCGGGCUCGCCUACACCUGGAUCGGAAUCCAUGGACCAAGAGCACAGAGCUAGCAGCUCACAGAAUCUCGCCAAGUCUGAUAUGGGUAGUAAAAUGGCCGUAGCAUUUGUGGCAGCUCAAUUGCCGUUAAGCACACUACCGUCGUCAACUCGGUCGACCAACUGUGCCAUGGUGACUACUUCGAGUUUGUCCGCUUCUCAGAGUACAAAUCUCGUUACCGUAUCCAUGACUGUUCAACAUGCCAGCAUUCAACCACUCAGGCAAGCACAAUCUCACCCUCAACCGUUGCCCCAGCCACAGCAUCAAGCGCUACACCAGCAGGUUCAACCGCAGGCACAACCAGUAGCACAAGUUCAACAUCAGCAACAGCUUCAUCAUCACCACCAGCAACAGCAGCAACAGCAGCAACAUCAGCAACAUCAGCAACCUCAACAGCAUCAUCAACAACCACAGCGUCAUGAUCAGCAUCAGCCGCAGCCGCAACGCCAUGAUCAGCGUCACCCUGCACCAAUGUUGGUAGCAGUGCAGCGUCGAGAGAGCAACGAAGCCGCUCCUGUCAUGGACAAUACGCCCCCUACUACACCCGAUUCGAGUAUUUCCAACAUAUCAGGUUCGCCACGUGACGAGCGCAUUGGUGGAUCGACACCUUCAUCUUCCGAAGACAAUUCAAAACUUGAUCGAGACAGCUCCGAGGCAGAGAACGAUAGCGGCGGUAAGGGUCCGAGCAAAGAAGCGGGUUCAUCGCUCGUCAAUUCAGAACAUGGUGGCAUCGGCGGUGCUAGCUCGUCAUCGUCUUCUGACCGAAUACCCAAACCACCAGCCAAGCGAGCGAUUAACGACGGCGAAAACGUGUCACCCAAGAAGCGUAAGAAACGAAAAGAUCAGGACGCUAGUAUGUCCAUUAAUCAAGCAAACAACGGCAAUACUUCGGGGAAGAGGUCACCAAGACAAAGUGCUCGCAACGCAAGGCAUGGAACGGGAAGCGACAGCGAUGAUACCAGCGAAGGCUCAAACCAGUGCAUUAAUAACUCAGCACAAGCGAAUAAUAACUUGACGAGGUCCGAACCCUCGCAAAGUGCAUCGAGAAAUAUAAUGAAUGAUCGAUCAUCUACGGAUGUCGGCAUGUACAUGAAACCGCCUAGCAGCACUGCGAAGUACAACUUUGUCAUUGACCUCGAUCCAACGUUGGAUGGAACACAGAGGAUAGCAAUUUUACAGCAAAAGAUGUCGGAAUUACGAAAAACGUACAUGUCUCUUAAAGUAGAACUCGCUGGCAUUGAGAGGCGUCGCAAGAAGUUAAAGCGUAGAGAGCGAGAAGCACAAAAAGCUGCAAAGGCUGAAAUGCAACAGGCGUGCUCGUGAUGAGAAAGGCGAUGGUAAAUCGCAUCCUGUAUUAUGUACAAAAGUAAACAGAAAAUAUCUUCACGCCAUUACGGGUGCGUGAAGAAGUUCAUGACAAUUUUCGAGUACCUAAUGACGAUAUAGGUAACGUUGUAAAUACAAAGGGAACUAACUACACAGACGUCAAUACUUUCAAAACGUUGCGUCUAUGUUUUGUAUUAGAAUGAAAGAGAAGCCGCGGAUGACAGGAAAACGAGAAUCGUCUGAUGGUGCAAGAAUGGUGUCUUAAGAAUGAUUUCGUAAAUACAUAAAUAUAUAUUAUGUUGGCGUCCCUUCAAGAGAAAUUAUUUAUGCUUCCAGUAGUGGAAAAACAAUGAUUCAAAAAAAGAUAACUAUUUCGAACUAAGAUUUCUUUCGUUGUAAUUGACAACUCAUGAGUAUCAUGAUAAAACUGUAAAUGAUGUGUAUAAAGGAAAUUGUUAUUAUAUAUAGCUAUUGUUUACUUAAAAAGUGCAUUGUCGUGAUUGCAACGUGGCAAAGUGCACAUACUUCUGAAAGACACAGACUUUCCGUCCUUUCUUAUAAUUUAGCAAGUGCAUCGAUGAACAGCAAUAACUAUAGGCAAUCUUCUAAAUUUCAAACAACUUUUUAAUAGUCUGUUUUAAAAAGAAAGAAUGGCAUUAAAUGAUUUUUGUUAAUCAAACAAACGGCAAAUAAAACGUCUGAACAAGGUAUAUGUGUGCAACUGUCACGUUUGUCAAAAAAAUAAAAUUUUAUAGACAUAUACAUAUAUUUUUUAUAAGAGGUCAACAAAAGAACUGAACUCUCUUGGUAAUAAUGAGGUUUGGCUGUUUGUUACCUCGCGUAACCUAUUAGAUCUAAACAAUUUGUAUAUAUUUUACACUGCAUAUAAUCUCGAUGUGCGUGUCAAAUUUUAAUUUUUCAUUUUCAUACUGCCGGUGUUUCUCUUAUCCUCUAUGUAUAAUAAUAGUUUUAGUAAUUAUAACAUUUACAAUUUUCGCUACUCUCAAAUGCAUCACACAACACAAAUGCGCCAAAACACGGAAGGUCCAAAAGUUCAAACGAUUCAAUAAAUAUGAUUAUUUUGUUCGCGUUUUAUAAAAAGAAAUUUUUUUAUCGUGAUUCGGAUGUGAUAAUAAAAGAGUAUUUAUGAAUUUUCGAUGACAGCUGGUGGACUUUCAAUGUCUUGAUCUCUUCAUCCUUGCGUCUCUAGCGGCACAAAAAUUGUGCCGAGCCAUUUACCUCACUUAUCCUAUACAUAAGUGAAUAAACAUCCUUUUGCAUUUGAUAUUUUUCUGAGAGCAAUGAUAGAGUGUACAGUGGUAAUGGCCAAUUGAGUCGAGUUAAUUUCGAAGGGUCAACAUUAAUUUGUAAAACUUGCUUUAAUAGUACAGAAAUGUCACUUUUAUCUUAAGCACCGUACAUUGUACAUACAUAAUAAAUACGUAAAUAGGUAAAUAGUAGAUGUCAUCAAAAUUAAUAAAAGGUGUCAGAAAUUAUAUCAGUCCAGGUAAAAUUUGUGUUAGUUAAUAUUGUUGAAUAAAUCUUACAGAUCUAUACAGUAAAAAA